AGAUGAAAUUAAUCAUCUUGGCUUUUAUCACUGUCAUCAAUGGCACGACUUGAAUUCUUGCUUUCUAUUGCCCUUCUUCUGCUUGUGCUUGGAAAUGUGCAAAGUCGGAGCUUAAGAUUAAUAAGCUCCAAGGAAUUGGUGUCAGGCACAACAAUAAUCGUCGAUCACCUUGAUUUCAACUCUUCUGUUCUAACAUCAAAAGGCCUGAAUUCCACAAGAGAUGAAUGUGUGCACCACUAUGGCUUCCUGCCAUGCGCCACCAAUAUUCCAGGUUUCGUCUUCCAGAUUGCAGUUCUUGAAUACUUGUUACUUGUGGGUGACAAGAUUUUAACAAAGGGUAGACAGCAAAUCUUCAGUAUUCUUGGCGUCGGUAUCUAUGGUGCUACUUUGUUUCGCAUCCUCGAAGUUCUGCCUACAAUUGUGCUAGUUCUUGCUUCUGGAGUUGCCCAGAACAAAAAGGCUGCACAAGCUAGAGUUGAAAAUGGAGUUGGUUCGCUAGCUGGAUCUACUAUUUUUUGGUUGACAUUACAGUGGGGAAUUUGUGUUCUUCUUGGAAGAACUAAAAUAACCAAGGAGUCCUCACUUCCUCAUCAGCAGAAAUCAUCAACUUCUGCAGGGUUUUUGCUGGUUAAACAGCGAUUAUCAAUAUUAAAGGAAGACUGUGUAGAGACCGACAGGAAGACAAGUCUUACAGCAGGGUUAAUGCUUCUUUCACUGAUUCCAUUUAUAAUGGUGGAAGUAGUUACUACCUUCAAAUCGCAUCCGUGGGGCCACAUAACUACAAUUACAGUUUCUGGGGCAGUACUUGUCUCAUACUUUAUCUUUCAGUCCCGUCAUCAAUGGAUUCAAGAAAGAAGCUUGGAGUUCUCCAGGAAUCAGCUUCUACUGGCUGGAUUUCUAAAUCAUUUACAGAAGUAUGCAAAAAAGAGGCUUGUUAACGACGAAGGAAAACUUGAUGUUUCUUGCAUCAAGAGGACAUUUCAUACUAUCGAUAAAAAUGAGGAUAAUUGCAUAUCAGAAGCUGAACUCAAAGAUUUCGUAACAAACAUGAAAUCUGGGGAUCUGCAACUUGAUGAAGAAUUUGCAAAUACAGAAUUGAUGAAGCAUUUCGACCAGGACAGUGAUUCUUUCAUUACAAUGGAUGAGUUUAUGGGUGGAUGUCAAAGGUUUAUCUCUGAAGCUAAGCAGAUGGUUGCUGAUAAGAAUGCCUGCUCAAGAAAAUAUUUACCAGAGUUGCAUAAAAUAGUUCAACCAUGGAUCGAGAAGAAAAAGAAUAAAUUAGCCGAGAUUGAGAAGCAACUGUCUGAAAUCUUAUGCACAAUCCAAGACCAACAACUUGAUUUCCUUCUCACCGAUGGAAAACCCGAUGAAGCUAAGAUACGAAGCCUCUUUGAGGAGUUUGACAAAGAUGGAAAUAGAAAAAUGUCAGUUGGUGAGCUAAAAGGAAUGAUUACUAGCAAAUUUGAAAGUGUAAAAUUGGAUCAUGAUGAUGUGGUCAUGAAAAUGAUGAAAGCUUUUGACAUAAAUAAGGAUGAUAUGCUUCAUGAGAAAGAAUUUUUGGAUGGAUUCAAGAAAAGGCUAUCCGAUAGUACCAACUCCAAAUUAAUUGAAAAAUACAGAGAGAAAAAGAAAAGAAGUAUAAGGAAGAAGUCAUUACAUGCUCUGAUUAAACCACUACUUAGAUUAGCUGUUGGAGUUGCAAUUGUGUCUUCCCUUGGAUUACCUCUGAUAAAUAACACUCAACUCUUAUCAGAACACAUGGGCAUACCUUCUUUCUUCAUUUCAUUUACAGUACUUCCUUUAGCUGCAAACUUUAGAACAACAAUGGCCACGGUAUUUCCUGCAAGUCAGAAGAAGGAAGAAGCAUCUUCAUUAACGUUUUCAGCGAUAUAUGGAGCCGUAUUCAUGAACAACAUCCUUGGCCUAUUGGGUUUUCUAGGACUCAUUUGGGCAAGAGGCUUCGUGUGGGAGUAUUCAGCUGAAGUCCUAGUAGUCCUCAUUGUUACUGCUAUAGUAGGUUUACUUGCCUUUUUGCGCACCACGUACCCACUCUGGACUUGCUUCCUAGCUUUUUCUCUCUAUCCUCUGUCUCUCGUGGUGUUUUAUGUAAUUCGUUAUCUUUGGGGCUGGGAAUAGGUCUAGCUAGCUAGAGUAAUAAUAAUAAUAAUAAUAAUAAUAAUAAUAAUAAUAAUAAUAAUAUUGAGAAGAGAAAUGUGUAGUGCUUAUGUAUAAUAUAAAGUUCAUCUUUUUAAAUCUUCUAAGUUGAUAUGCUUGUAAUUGUAUAUUAUUUUUACUCUUAUAAAAAAAAUAUUAUAAUGCUUUUA